AUGGUAGCAGUUACUCUCAAGGUCGAGAUCACGCAGCCGAUCCCUAAGGCCAAGUUGGCUAAGGCUUUUCUCGAAGCCAAGGGUUUCUUCCCCCACACCCUCUUGCCAGCCGUCACGAAUGCUGACAUCCAAGAGACAAUCUCUGUCGAAGGCAGACAGCGCAGGAUGGUGAGGCACACGGUUAAAGCGCCGGACCAGGAGCCCUUCCUCUACAGCCACUCGACCAUCCAUCGCGAUGAGCAGGGCAAAAUCUCCAAGGAAAUCAGCCAUGAGGUGAAGAUCGUUGCGUUGCCCCUGGAGGGUGGCUCGGUCUGUAAGUACGCGGGCAGGUGCUUCGCCGUCGGCCAAGGGGAUAUCACGGAGGAGGAGAUGAUCAGGGCCAUGAGAGAGAAGGCGUCCGUGAUGUUCAGGGCCAUCCAAGCUGAUCCGGCAGCUUAG